AUGCAAGGCCAGAGUAGUGGUAUAGGCCAAGAAACUCAGCAGGCUCCCAUGCAAAAACAGUCAAGACUCGACAUCGAUCUCAACAAACCGUACAUUGUUGAAGAAAAUCAACCAGGAGAACAUGAGAAAUCGCAACUUCCUGAACAUGGUUUAUCUCCUUCAUAUGUUUAUAAGCCGCGGAAAUCAGUUGGGGAAUACAGUCAAACCCCAUUGGCAAAGAGAAUACGAAAGAGAGUAGAACAAAUACGUGAAAAAGGUGGUAAAGAAUUGGCUGAAUUCCUUUUGAAACGCAAAGAAUACGAUAAGAAACAUUCACAAAAAUAUAGCAAAGUAACAAAACUUUCUGGAAUUUCUAUACGAUCGAAGAAUAUUAGAUCAAGAGAAGUUACAAUGAAAGUCCGACAAGGUAUAGCGUCAAAAGAAGAUUUAGCAUUCUUCGAAGAGAGAAGACAAAGAGCAAUCAAGGGCGAUAAAGCUAGAACAGCAAGACUUCAAGAAGCAAGGCUUGCCGUUGCGCAAGGUAAUCCGACGCCUGCUCAACUUGCCGAAUUAGAAAAACGUAAACGAAAAAAUGAACAAUACAAUCAAACCCGCAAGAAGAAGGCCGGCCUUGAAAAUAAUAAAGAUAAGCUGCCUGAAGAAGAGUCUCAGCUAGACGAACAAAUGAAGUCGCAGGAACAUGAACAUGAUUUACCUUCAUCGUACGUUUACAGGCCGCGCAAAAAGCCUGAAGAGUACAGUCAAACAGCAAUGGCAAUAAGAAAGCGAAGAAAACGAGAACAGCUUCGAGAAAGCGGCGGUAAAAAAUUUGCCGAAUUCCUUUUAAAGGAAAAAAGUUACGAAAGACAAUAUGCAAAGCGACUGAACGAGGAUACAAGACUAUUAGGAGUCUCUAUGAGAAGGAAGAACGUUAGAUCAAGAGAAAUUACAGUAAAAGUCCGACAGGGUACAGCAUCAACAAAUGAUUUGGCUUUCUUUGAAGCGAGAAAACAAAGAGCAUUCAAGGGCGAUAGAGCUAGAACAGCAAGACUUCAAGAAGCAAGGCUUGCUGUUGCGCAAGGUAAUCCGACGCCUGCUCAACUUGCCGAAUUGGAAAAACGUAAACGUAAAAAUGAACGCUAUGAAGAGAUCCGCAAAAAGAGGGGCAGACCUAAGAAAAAGAAAGAGAAGCUGCCACACGCUGUCAGCAUGCAAGGCGAGGAAAAUAGUACAGGUCAAAGCUCUCAGCAUGCUCACACACAAAAGCAACCAAGACUAGAUAUCGAUCUCAAUCAACCUUACAUCUUGGAAGAAAAUCCGCCAGAAGAGAAUGUGACGACGCAAGAUCUUACAAACGGUCAUCGGGCAGCAUAUGUCUUUAUGCCGCGCAAAUCGGCUGGAGAAUAUAGUCAAACACGAACGGCAAGACAAAAGCGAAAACGUCGAGAACGACUGCGAGAAGAAGGUGGUAAAAAGCUUACUGAAUUGGUGGAAAAGAAGAGAGAAUAUGAUAGACAACGUUCGCAGCGGGAUAAAGAAGUGACAAAGCAACAUGGAGUCUCUUUACGACCUCACAAUGUUAAAGCGAGAGAAAUUACUGCAAGAAUUCGGCAAGGUAUAGCGUCAGAUGAAGAUAUGAGAUUUUCUGAACUUAGAAGACAAAGAGCAUUGAAAAGCGGCAGGGCUCGAUCAGCUAAACUUCAAGAAGCAAAACUUGCAGUUGCGCAAGGUAAUCCAACUCCUGAUCACCUUGCUGAGUUGGAAAGACGUAAAUGGGAAAACGAAAAGUAUGCACAAAGCCGCAAAACGAGAAUCAGAAUUCGUAAAAACAAAGAUAACCCGCCACCCAACUGUAUCUGUCCGGAGAUUGUAGAGUUUGUACACACUAUUGGUAUGCAAGGCGAGGGUAGUAACAGUGGUCAAGGCUCUCAAAAAGCUCCCGCAGAAAAGCAACCAAGACUGGACAUUGACCUGAACAAACCUUAUGAAGUUGAAGAGAGUCAGCCUGACAAACAUAUGACGUCGCCAAUUCUUGAAACAUAUGUUUAUAGGCCGCGGAAAUCGAUUGGAGAAUACAGUCAAACGCCAAUGGCAAGGCGAAAGCGAAAAAAGCAAGAACAACUCCGAGAAAAAGGUGGUAAAGAACUUAUCGAAUUACUCGAAAAGAAGAGAGAGUAUGAUAGGAAGCACUCUAAGCGACAUAAGGAGGUGACAAGUAGAUUAGGGGCUUCUAUGCGAUCAUAUAACAUCAAAUCAAGAGAAAUUACUCUAAGAGUUCGACAAGGUAUAGCGUCAGAUGAAGAUCUGAAAUUCUCUGAAGAAAGAAAACAAAGAGCGAAGAAAACCUUCAUAGCGAAAAAAGCCAGACUUCAAGAAGCAAGACUUGCAGUUGCGCAAGGUAAUCCAACGCCUGCUCAACUUGCUGAGUUGGAAAAACGUAAAGAUGAAAACAGACGGCACGAACAAAAUCGCAAAAAGAGAGUCAGAACUCCCAGCUGUUUGAGUUUCAUUGGCGUAACUGAUAGCAGCAACUUUGAACGUCAACAUGUCAAAAGACAAGCAGGACUCGAAUUAGAUUUAAACGAACCAUACAUCCCUGAAGACUCUUCUGCUCAAAGUAGUGGUGCUGAGCGUGAUUUUCUAUCUACUUCUGUCAUGAAUACCGUUAUCGGACCUUCUGCCGCCACUGCAACAGUCCCAUAUCAUCCACGCAAAGCGCCUUCAGAGUAUGUGCAGACUAGAAGAGCUAAACGUCAACGAGAAGCAAUAAAGAAUGAAAGGAGACGAGAAAGAGCAGUGAAGCUGAAACUGAGCAACAUUAAAGAACCAAUUCCUGAAAGGGUUCGAAUGAAUGGCGAAAGAAUCAAAGAAGCUCGCAAAAGAGUUCGAGAAGGUAAUGGAACUGAAGAAGAUCAUUUUAUCGUGGAGAAGAGAAAAAAGACUGAAACACAAUCCCGUAAACUUAAACCUCGAAUCAGAAAGAACAGAAUACAGUAUGGCUCAAUUGUUCGUGAUAAGGUCAGAAAGGGUAUCGCUACACCACACGAAGCCGAUCGAGUUCAAAAACUGCGAGCUCGUGAUCGUGAAUACCAAAAGAAACGGUAUCAUAUGAAAAAGGAUGCCAAAGAUAAAUCCAUGCCGUCCCAAUAG